GUUACAUAACGCGUCAGUUCUUUCGCGCUGUGCAGCGUUACAUUGUAAUUAGUGCGGCUGCGUUAAAGAAAGAUUAAUCUGUCAUUGGUGAAAAUGGCUCUAGGAUGAAGUCCUGACGCACAGAUGUAGCUACGCGAAUCGAUGAAAAUACGAUUCUACCAGUAGGCUAGGCCAUUCAUUUAAAGUCAACGAGGAGACAGGCAGGUGAUGGUGCGAAAUAUAUUCCGUGAAAAUACCAGAUCGGAUAAGCUUCUUGGUAAACCUGCCUGUUGUUUCGUCGCCCAGCACUGCAGAGGAGAAUCACAACGGGUCAAGAGGACAGAGGCAACGCUGAAUCAACCGUUGGUUUAGGACAGUGUGCGCCUAGAUGACUACACAUCCACCACCUCGGUAGCCUGGACCAAGAUAUCAUUGCAUCCUUUCUUUCUGCCCACGCACCUCGCGUUAUCACUCGGCCAGCACCAUGGGUAACCAAGGCAUGGAGGAUCUGAUCCCCCUGGUCAACAAACUCCAAGAUGCAUUCAGUAGCAUCGGCCAGAGCUGCAACCUCGACCUGCCACAAAUCGCCGUGGUCGGAGGGCAGAGCGCCGGAAAGAGCUCUGUACUGGAGAACUUCGUGGGAAAGGACUUCCUGCCCCGUGGUUCUGGGAUUGUCACUCGCCGACCCCUGGUUCUCCAGCUCAUCAGUGCCACCACAGAAUAUGCAGAAUUUCUCCACUGCAAAGGAAAAAAGUUCACAGAUUUUGAUGAGGUGCGUCAGGAGAUCGAGAACGAGACAGACCGUGUGACGGGAGCCAACAAGGGCAUCUCGCCGGUCCCCAUUAAUUUGCGGGUGUACUCCCCUCAUGUGCUCAACCUGACUCUGAUUGACUUGCCCGGCAUCACAAAGGUGCCGGUGGGGGACCAGCCUGCAGACAUCGAGCAGCAGAUCAGGGAAAUGCUCAUGCAGUUCAUCACCAAAGAGAGCUGCCUCAUCCUGGCCGUCACACCUGCCAACACUGACCUGGCCAACUCAGAUGCCCUCAAGCUGUCCAAAGAUGUUGACCCCCAGGGUCUUCGCACCAUAGGCGUGAUCACCAAGCUGGAUUUGAUGGACGAGGGCACAGAUGCCAGGGAGGUUCUGGAGAACAGGCUGCUACCUCUGAGGAGGGGUUACAUUGGUGUGGUGAACCGCAGUCAAAAGGACAUUGAAGGCAAGAAGGACAUCAAAGCUGCCAUGGAGGCUGAGAGGAAGUUCUUCCUCUCCCAUCCCUCCUACAGACACAUGGCCAGCACCAUGGGCACCCCCUACCUGCAGAAAGUGCUCAAUCAGCAACUGACCAAUCACAUCCGAGAUACGCUCCCAGCAUUCCGGAGUAAGCUGCAGUCGCAGCUGCUCUCUCUGGAUAAAGAGGCAGAGGAGUACCGCCACUUUCGCCCCGAUGACCCUUCCCGCAAGACCAAGGCCCUCCUACAGAUGGUGCAGCAGUUCUCUGUGGACUUUGACAAACGCAUUGAGGGCUCAGGGGAUCAGGUGGACACGGUGGAGUUGUCCGGAGGAGCCAAGAUUAACCGCAUCUUCCAUGAGCGCUUCCCCUUUGAGCUGGUCAAGAUGGAAUGUGAUGACAAGGACAUGCGUCGCGAGAUCAGCUAUGCCAUUAAGAACAUUCACGGAAUCAGGACAGGACUGUUUACUCCAGACAUGGCCUUCGAGGCCAUCGUGAAGAAGCAGAUAGUGAAGCUAAAGGAGCCUUGCAUUAAGUGCAUUGACCUGGUCAUCCAAGAGCUUAUUAACACUGUGCGCCAGUGCAGCAAUAAGUUGGACACUUUCCCAAGGCUCAGGGAGGAGACAGAGAGGAUUGUCACUACACAUAUCCGUGACAGAGAAAGUCGGGCCAAGGAUCAGGUUUUGUUGCUUAUUGACAUCCAGCUCUCUUACAUCAAUACAAACCAUGAGGAUUUCAUCGGCUUUGCCAAUGCGCAGCAGCGGAGUAGCCAGGCUAGCAACAAGAGCUCCGCAGGCAACCAGCCCGGCAUGGGCACCCAGGUAAUUCGGAAGGGCUGGCUGACCAUCAACAACAUCAGCAUUAUCAAGGGCGGUGCCAAGGAGUACUGGUUCGUGCUGACGGCGGAGACUCUCUCUUGGUUCAAGGAUGACGAGGAGAAAGAGAAGAAGUACAUGCUGCCCUUGGACAAUCUGAAGGUCCGCGACGUGGAGAAGAGCUUCAUGUCCAGCAAGCACAUAUUCUCCAUCUUCAACACUGAGCAGAGGAACGUGUUUAAGGAUAAUCGCGUCCUGGAGCUGGCUUGCGAUACCCAGGAGGAGGUGGACAGCUGGAAGUCUUCUCUUCUGCGUGCAGGGGUGUACCCAGAAAAAGCUGCUGUGGAGAGUGACAGUGGAGAGAAAGGAGCUGCUGACAACUUCUCCAUGGACCCACAGCUGGAGAGGAAGGUGGAGACCAUCCGUAAUCUGGUGGACUCCUACAUGGCCAUCGUCAACAAGUGCAUCCGGGACCUCAUGCCCAAGAGUAUAAUGUUUCUGAUGAUAAACAACGUCAAAGACUUCAUCAACGCAGAGCUGCUGGCUCAGCUGUACUCUGCCGGGGACCAGAACGCGCUGAUGGACGAGUCUGCCGAGCUGGCCCAGAGGAGGGAGGAAGUGCUCCGAACCCACCAUGCACUCAAGGAGGCGCUAACCAUCAUCGGAGACAUCUCCACCACCACCAUCACCACUGCAAUGCCCCCUCCAGUGGACAACUCCUGGCUUGCAGCCGGAGGAGGGGGAUCCCGCAGGUCCCCCCCACCCAGUCCCACUGCGCCCAGGCGGAUGUCGUCUGGUCAGAGGCCUGCCCCUGGUCGGGGGGCCCCUCCACCUCCCGGCCGCCCGGGCCCUCUGGGGCCCUUGAACAACAGCGCCGACUCCCCCCAGGUCCCCAGCCGCCCCAACCGAGCUCCUCCCAGCAUUCCCAGUCGACGUCCCCCUCCUUCCCCAACAAGGCAGGCCCCAUGAAAGGCCACCUCAGGCGACCGCUUCAGUGUGGAUGAAGCACCCCAUCCACCACCCCACCCCACCCCACCUACUCCUCUACCCCUCUACCCCUCACUCUUAACAUCUGACUGGCACUUCGCUGGUACCAUCUCCCCAGUACUCUCCCUCUAAAUGCAGCCUUGCAAACCCCUGCAUGUCUCCAGCCCCUUCUCCCUGACCUUACGCUGUCCCGUCCGAGACCCAUUGCUCUUCCUGCACCCCCUCCUGUCCAGCCCGCUGUCCUCUCGCCCCUGCCUCCUCUGGUGAUAGUGUCCUCUCUAGCGGUGCUUGUUUUUGUGUUGUAUCUCUGUGCCCGUGCUGACCGUGUGGUUCUUAGAUUUUUUCACAGCAGCAGACCCAUCUCUCUCUCUCUCUCUCUCUUUUUCUCUCUCUCGCUCUCUCUCUCUCUUUCUCUCUCUCUCUCUCUCUCUCUCUCUCUCUCUCUCUCUCCACCACAUUCCCACAUACGGCACUGUUGCUGUUGCUCCCCACUAGCCAUUCUCAGCAGAGAUGCAGCAUUGGACAUUUAUCAUGAAUGUUCCCAAUGCAGCUGGACCUUCAGGCUUCUUAUCAUGCAUGUUUGUGGGUGUGUUGUGCUGUGUUGUGAUGUGCUGUGCAGUGUGUGUGUGUGUGUGUGUGUGUGUGUGUGUGUGUGUGUGUGUGUGUGUGUGAUGGGGUGUGUAUAUGAAUCAGGAAAUGGAAAGCUGCAACACAUGCAUAGUAAAAUUAUUGUAUAUGUGUAUAUAUAUAUAUAUAUAUAUAUAUAUAUAUAUAUAUGUGUGUGUGUGUGUGUGUGUGUGUGUGUGUGUGUGUGUGUGUGUGUGUGUGUGUAUGUAUGGGCCUUUGCGUGGUUAAAUACAUGUUCAGAGAGUGUUGUGCGACAAGCAGUGCACCUGUAUGAUUUUUGUUUGCAUGCUUGUUUGAAGUUGUGGUUCCAUGUGUCGUGUUUGUUUUCAUGGUCUCACUCUCUGUGUGUGUGUGUAUGUAUGCACAGUAUGUACAGUAUGUGUGUGUGUAUGUAUGCAUAUACAUUAUGUGUGUGUGUGUGUGUGUGUGUCCGUGCAAGCACGCGCACCACUCUUUGUUGCUAUUCCAAACGUGACCCCGUCGCUGACCAAGUAAAAGUUUGUGACUGUGCCUGUGUUGUCACUGCCAUGGCCAGGCUGCGUCUGGAGGCCAGGGCCUAGGCAGGAGUGCACUGGCAGGGGUUACUGUCACAAACCAACUGCCUAAGUGUGCACUCCCACUAUGCUGACUGUGUCUGCUUGUGCGCGCAACCUCUGGCAGCACGUACCCUUAUCUAACUGUGGCAAAGGGCAUCCGUCUUUGUCAUGAUUACUGUAUUACUGGCAUGCCCUCCAUGCAAAGAGGGAGGGCGACUUAUCUUAAAGCCAGUUAAGUGAACAUCAUAAUUUUUUCUCUCUCUUCAUCUUUAGAGUGUGUAGUGUGAUUGGUGCAACUAGAGUGUGAUUGGUUCAAAUGUGACACAGUAGAUAAACACAAACGUUGAUAAGCUAGCUAUAGGGAAAAUAGCUUUUAAUAUAUUAUUUAUUCAGCCAGAUACUUGACAUUUGUAUCAGACAAUGACAGAAGAGACUUUGUGACACCCUUUGUGAAGGCAAUUCAGAAUGCCACUAGCAUCAGUGUCGGCUAUCAUGUAGGAAGAGGACACCCGUCAGAGAUAGCAAAUGAUGAUCUGUCAAUAUUUCCAUCACGCCACACUCUCUGAGAUUCAAUAUGUUGUAAAUGUAUGUACGUCAACCUUCUCCAUCUCUAAAGCAUGUAAUCUGCAGUAAUGACCUGACCAACUGUCACACUCUGUUUCCCUGUCACCAGUCUUGAUGACCCCUGUGAUCAUGUCAGAGCAGAAGUUAGUUUUGCUAUUAAGUGCCCAGUGUAAAGUCUUGUUUCUGUGGGUCUGUCCUCUAGUGAAGUGGUGUUCUGCCAAAUAUAGACAUUGCCAAAUAGGUAAUUUAUUCAUUCCACAAGGGUGUGCUCAUAAAUCCUCUAUCUUGCGCUCACUGUCUGUAAACAGUAUUUGUCUUUUACUCUGACUUGAGAGUCGAUUUGCUUUACUGGCAUGGGUAACACAUCUGUAUUGCCAAAGCUAAUAGUAUGAAAAUGAAUAUAAUAUGCAAUAGAAUAUUACAUAGACAGUGUAACACACAUACGUAUCAAAAUAUUAUUGUCUGCAGCAGAACACAUUUAACUCCCCUUUGUAAAUGUAUUUAUUUGGGAGCUGUACCAGUGGUUACAUACUUUCUGUAUCUCUCUUGAUCUCCAAUAAAUCUGUCCUCACUCA